GAUGUACUACAACCAAUCCAGUCCCCCACCACCCGCGCCAGAGCUUCCCUUCUCCGAAGGCAAUGGCGAUGCCGAGUCCUGGGUGCAGUGGGUAUUCGAUUCGAACAAGAUUCGCACCUACCUGACCGGGGAUCAACCCUUGUCCAUCAUGGGGGCGCCCAUCAAAUGCUUUUGCACGGCAUGGGCUGUCGAGGAUACCAAUAUCGACCGGGCAGCCAAGAUUCUUGCUGCGACGGGCAGAUUCUACCCCUGCAAGGACCCCGAGCGGCGUCAUUGCUAUGCAGACAACAAGGAGGCGCAGGACGAGCGGUACAUCCCUCUUCCAGCGUAUCAUUUCCAUACAGACGAGCGUUACCCAACGGUUUGUGGCGACUUUGAGAGUUAGACAGGGCGCGUUUUCCUUUACCGCAUGUCCGACG